UUAAAUUGUACUGUAGAUGAAAGAGAAUUAAAAUUAAAUUUUAAAUUUUUUAAUUACUGUCAACAGCGGCAAUCAAACAAGCAGUAGAAGUAAUUAAACAGUAUCAGAAAUUUGUUUUAAUAUGAAUUGCUGAAGCUGAUCAACUUGCCGCCUGAUUGAAAUCUUACGACCAGUUGAAAAACUGCACGAAUGUGCAUUUUGCACAGUUGGAUCUAAGUAUCGCUUCAAAAUACCACACGAAGAAAUGGAAUUUGACAUAAAUGUAUUGAAUACUGCAUUGAAUAAAACAAAAAUAGGAGGAAACAAGCCCGAAAAAGACAGAAACAACUCAGAUUGUUGUUUUGUAGCGCCUUCUUGUGGAGAUCAAAGUUUGCUGUAUGUUGAAAGACUCACUAUUAAACAAACCGUUGGAUGAAGGCCACUCUUUUCCCGAGUCCUACGCAACCAUCAUAAUAUUUAUAAAAAUAAUAAACAAAAUGUUAUGUUAUCUACUAUUUAUCUACUGACUUUAAAAAGAUAACAAUGCUCAGUUUUAGGGGGUUUAAGUGGAACAAACAUGCUCCUUAUUUUAUGCAAGAUAAAAUUAAACAUAAGAUUAAUUUAUCAUUUAUGAUUAAUGUAUGUAUGUGACUUUAUACUGUUAUUUAAGUUAUUUCUAAUCGCCAGUGUCGCUUAUCUCGUGGUAAUUCGCACUUCUGAACAUUAGGUGGCGGAGUAGGGGUGUGUCGUCGUGUGAGCGUAGAAGAAGAAAAACAAACAUGGCGGCCCCCGCGGACAACACCGGUGGCAUGAAAAUGCUACAAUUUCUCAAACUAAUCGGACAGCUAAAGAGGGUUCCUCGGACAGGCUGGGUGUACAAUAAGGUGAAGGACCCAGAGAGCGUGUCGGACCACAUGUACCGCAUGGCCCUUAUGGCUCUGACCAUCACUGACCCCACAGUGGACAAGGACAGGUGUCUGAAGAUGGCUCUGGUUCAUGACAUGGCCGAGUGCAUCGUGGGAGAUAUCACUCCGCUGGACAACGUGGGGAAAGCUGAGAAACACAGGCGAGAGGAGGCAGCCAUGAGGCAGCUAAUGAAUCUCACGCCAGGCAGUGUUGGACAGGAGAUGUAUGGCCUGUGGGAGGAGUACGAAAACCAGAGCAGUCCCGAGGCCCGGCUGGUGAAAGACUUUGACCGUCUGGAGAUGAUCCUGCAGGCUCACGAGUACGAAGAGCUGGAGGGAACGCCGGGAAGACUGCAGGAGUUUUUCGACUCCACGGAAGGUCGUUUCCGACACCCGGACGUGCUCCAGCUUGUCGGCUCUUUGAAUGACGAGAGGAGAAGUCACAUGACGGGCGCAGCAAAGAACUCUGGGGAGUCACAGCCACACCCCACUGCACCCACUUUAUGACCUAAAGCAUAGAUUUUUUUUUUUUUAGGCAAGAGUACAUUUUCCUUGUACAUAUUUUAAAGUUAUUUUGGAUAAACAAUCAUUAAUACACGAGGUCCUCGGUCCACAUACGAGAUUGGCUCUUAAAACGGCAUGUAAGUUGGACUUUAUACGGUAAUCCCUCAUUUAUCGCGGUUAAUUGGUUCCAGACCCGAUCGUCUUUCCGCAAAGUAGGAUUCAUUAUUUAUAAACGGAAUAUUUUCAUACAGGCCAUAGAAACCCUGUUUCGACUUUCUAAAUACGGUUUUCAGCAUUAUUAGAGCCCUCUAUACAUUAAAUAACACCCCUAUACUCACGUUUACAUUCUUAUUACCCAAUAUAGUGGCCAUAAUAAUAGAAAAUCAGACAUCUUAGACAUAAGAUAGACUCACACAUUAGCCUACUUCCUAUUGUCUCAUCGAUGUAAAGUUACUGACACCUAGUGACCAGUUUAGAAUACUGUUUGUGGUGAAGGAGAGACUCACCAUGCCCUCCAGGCGCUUUAUUAACAAGCGGAGGACAAGUAUGCAGUCACACAGGAGCUGCUGUCGACCACAGCUCACGCCAGUCACUCGCACGCUCCACACUGCUAACACUCAGCUAAACACAGUCAACUCUCGCUGUCUGACGUAACAAGUGUCGCUUCCCGGGCCUCCGCUCCUUAAUGGCGCAACAAGUCACAGAUAUUACACUAGAUAUCACAGCUUCUGAAUGCCUUGUAUUUGCAUUUUCGUUCAUUUUGCCAUUGUUCUGCUUGAAAAUGCUUAUAAUACAGACAAUUUGCUUUUAUAUAUAUAUAUAUAUAUAUAUAUAUAUAUAUAUAUAUAUAUAUAGUAUAUGCAUUUUUUUAGUAAUAAGACUAAUUCAUUUAUUAAAUAAUACAAAUAUAAAAAAUACAAUUGUAAAAAUUUAAAAUAAGAAUUAAUAAAAAAUAAUCAAUUUUGAAAAAAAAAUCGCAAUUGAUGUUUGAAAGACAAUGUAGCGAGGAACGACUGAGAAUAAAUUCUACCUCGAACACCUCAGCCACACAAACUGUACACAGAGCACGUGAAAACAUACAAUACGGUCAUAAAAAGAUGAAAUAAAAUCAUCAAACGCAGUCCUGCACACAGGAAGGGGCGUUGCAACGGAGGGAGAGACGCCAUAACGAGACCACGACAAUGCCCGGUUAUCACUGUCCCUUUCGUAGGAGCAGAUCCGUUCACUUGUUCUUGUGAGCCGCGUUUCUCUGCAUUCUGAGCACUUCAUGUUUUCACUUUCCUUUUCUUUGACGCUAUCAGAGGAGUCUGCCUCACACCCGGGAGAUACCAUGAAGGCAAAAAAGUGACAUUUUGUCCUUCCCCAGUGUAGCAACGCACGACUACGUAUUUUGCCGCCACAUACGCGUAAGGAGAUCUCUUUUUGUACCGGAAUAAUCAUUACAAUAACGAUACGUCGCAACACGAGGACCGCUUGUAUUGAUACAUUAAAUCAAAACUAGCCAAGAAAGUCAUUGUAAUCAAACACGGUUAAGUCAAAACAAUGCUAUGUCAGUUGUAUGCUUUAAUAAAGUUGGGUUACAUUUAAAAAAAAAAUAAAAACAGGUCCUGAGAUUCAUUUUAUUUCAGCUCAACAUGUAAGAGACCUUAAAUGUUGACACGUAAAUAAAUCUUCUCAAACCACAACAAACAAUAUGAAAAGUGUGACAGAGUUAAAAAAGUUGCUUCUAGUUAUACAUUUUGUGUUUUUAUGAGCUUUAAAAGAGUACAGGUUCUUCAUAUUCGGAUGUCAAACUGCAAUAAACACAUCAGGGAACUUUUUCCCCCUCCUUCAGGAUCAUUGAAUUAUUCUGAGUGCUUAAUUCGAUUUCUCUAAAUUCAUUGUGCAUGGCCCCCUUAAUAAUGCAACAGCCUGUCCGCUCCGCCUGAAUGAGAGCAAAGAUGAGUCCAAACACGAUCCAGCAUUCAAAUGUCUUACAGCAGCAGCAAUUGUGUUAAUAUCGAAAUAUGUUUCAUAUCACGUCAUAUUGGGUUAUUUACAUACAUGUUACGUUAUACUUUGCAUAGCUGUAAGUGCUAGUUCAAAUAAAGCUAUAUAUGCUAUAAAACACACAUAAUAUCACCUGUACAUAUCGUGUAGCAUUGUUUGUAUCGUUACUGUUGAUUUAAAGUAGGAAUCCAAAGUGGUGUAAUGUAGCUUAGUGGCCACUAGGUGUCAGGAGAGAAUUCACUUGGUUAGAAAUCUCCGACUAAUGCCAGACCCGACUGCGAAGCCGGUUUGAGUAUUAACAAAUGUAAUAUUUUCGUAGUUAGAGCAUAGGAAACCUGUUUGUGAAUGUGAAAAUACGGGGUUUACCAUUAUUAGAGCCCCGUAGACAGCAAAUAACACCCUUAUAGUCGCAUUUACGCUCCUAUUAUUCUUUGCUUAGGCUACAUUGCUAAUGCGCAGGCUACGGAAUCACUGCAGGGACACAAGAGACUGCUGCCGCUUUAAUAUCCAGCAUGCUAAGUAGUCAGCCUCCAACGUAGUGACUUCAAACGUACGAAAGGCUUUCAAACGGAGUGGAGAAGAAGGACAAAGAAAGAAGCCAAAAACUUAUCACUUCCACAGGAAAUGUCGGACAUGCCAUGGCUGACAUGCAGUGCUAAGGUAAUUUAAUGUAAGCUAAUGUCUCAUCAGUGUAACAUUGCUGACCACUAGUGACCAUAUUAAUACAUAUGACUUGUCUUUCAAUAUAUUUUUUGUACUUAUAAUUGGCCAUAGUCAACCAAGACACAGCCAUCAUUCAUGAAUUGAUUUAAAAAAAAACGCAAUAGAGUGAGUGAGAGAUGUUCGAAGCGGCGAGGGACGACUGUAUAAGAGAUUUGUUAACAGACACGUGAAUAAAUAUCCUUUGGAGGUUGUUUUUUUUUGUCUACUGCGGCCUCUCGGGCGUGUCCAUCAAAUUGU